CAAAUUGCAGUGUUGGUGUGCCUAGUGGCAUUAGCACUAGCUGAUUCCAACAAGGGAAGCUAUCCAAAGGGAUAUAAAGGAAAUGGAGUAGGUGGGUACGGGCCCGGAAUGUCGGGUGGAUUUGGGGGACCAGGAUCAAUGUUCGGAAAUGGUGCAUUUGGUGGUCCAGGAGGCUGGAACGGUUACGGGCCUGGAGUAGGAGGCGGAAACGGAUACGGUAGGCCGUGGUACGGAAAUGGAGGAUACGGUAGACCAUGGAUUGGAAACAGCGGAUUUGGGGGACCAGGAUCAAUGUUCGGAAAUGGUGCAUUUGGUGGUCCAGGAAGCAUGAGCGGUUAUGGACCAGGAAUAUGGGGCGGAAACGGAUACGGUAGGCCGUGGUACGGAAAUGGAGGAUACGGUAGACCAUGGUACUCGAAUGGCGGAUUCGGGGGCCCAGGGUCAAUGAGUGGAUACGGAUCAUUCAAGAUGGGAAAAGGAUACAGCAAAGGAAUGGGAGGAUAUGGAAGCUAUGGGGGAUUUGGUGGUGGAUACGGCCCUAUGUUCGGAAACAGUGGUAUCUACGGACCAGGAAGCUAUGGCAACUAUGGACCAGGAAGCUAUGGCAACUACGGACCAGGAAGCUAUGGCAACUACGGACCAGGAAGCUAUGGCAACUACGGACCAGGAAGCUAUGGCAGAUAUGGACCAGGAUUUUCUGGUAGCUUUGGCCCAGGAGUUUCUGGUAGCUUUGGCCCAGGAGUUUCUGGUAGCUUUGGCCCAGGCUUUGGAGUUGUUGGAUUCGGAGGAAGGGGAGUUAACGGAUUUGGAAAUGGUAACAGAUGGGGAGGAAUUAUGAACGGAAACGGAUUCAAAGCAAGCAGCAAGAAGGGAUCUUACUAGACUCCAGACAGAGGUCAUGCAUUUAACAUACCACAUUACUUGCACUUCCCUUGGAGGCUGCCCGUGGGUCGGGCUGGAGACCAGUACCCACCAUGAGGGUCGGGCUGGGGACCAGUACACACCGUGGGCAGCUUACGUCUAUCGUUGUUGUAUAUUAUUAGAAGUUUAUUAAAUUUAUUUGCAAAAUCAAA